CGUAGAGGCUCGACCGGCAACCAGUUUUUCCAUUCCUUAGCACGAUCUGACCCAAUAUUGUCUGAAGCCAGUCGUCGUCCGUCUUACUUAGUGUUUCAUCGUGUUUUCUACUGUGGCAUGAUGUUGCUGAGGAAACUGUGCCGGACUUCUCACGCGAUUAAUAUUUAUAGGACAUACAGUGUAAAUGGCGGCAAGCAGGCUCCACCAAAAAUUUUAAUUACCGGAGGUCUAGGUCAGCUCGGCGUCGAAUGCGCCAAGUAUCUACGAGGAAAAUACGGUCGAGAAAAUGUCAUACUCUCAGACAUCAUUAAGCCAACGCCGGACGUCGUUAAAGAUGGCCCUUACAUCUUCGCGGACAUCCUCGACUUCAAGGGCCUGCAGAAAAUUGUCGUCAACCACAGAGUUGAUUGGCUGAUCCAUUUCUCAGCAUUACUCAGCGCUAUAGGAGAACAGAAUGUUCCUCUAGCGGUCCGAGUGAAUAUAGAAGGAAUGCAUAAUGUUAUAGAACUGGCGAAGCAGUAUAAACUAAGAAUCUUCGUCCCUAGCACGAUUGGAGCCUUCGGCCCUGAUUCUCCUAGAAAUCCUACUCCUAAUGUAACUGUACAGAGACCUAGAACAAUUUAUGGCGUGUCGAAAGUGCACGCAGAAUUAAUAGGAGAAUAUUAUUUUUAUAAGUUUGGUUUGGACUUCCGGUGCUUGAGGUUCCCGGGAGUUAUCUCUAGUGAUCCGCCCGGCGGUGGCACCACCGACUACGCUAUUGCAAUUUUCCACGAUCUCAUUCGUAAGGGCAACUACGAAUGCUACCUGAAGCCCGACACGCGCCUGCCCAUGAUGCACGUGCGAGACGCCCUCCGAGCCCUCUCCGAGUUCCUCGAGACUCCCAACGAACUGCUCAACAGGAGGGUCUACAAUGUUACCUCCAUGAGCUUCACGCCGGAAGAACUGUCUGAUAAGAUAGCUAAAUAUGUACCUGACUUGAAGAUCACGUACCGCCCUGACAGCAGGCAGGAUAUUGCGGACUCCUGGCCCCAAGUAUUCGAUGACAGCGAGGCUCGCCGCGACUGGAAUUGGAAGCCAGAGGUGAACCUCGACAACUUGGUAGCACUCAUGAUGAAGGAGGUCAAAGAGAAGAUUGCAGCUAACGGCUUAUGAGCUGACGUUCAG